CAUGAAUACAAUGUUGUAGUGAAUGGAUACUCAAAUGCAACGAACUGCAUGACGAAUGAAAACCACUGAAACGAGCAUAUCAUAUACUCAAUUUUGAACACUGGAAUCUUACGUAUAAGGGAAAUGAUGUCGUGUUUAUAGAUGUCCAUCAACGACCGCACAACUGAACGGUGCAUGUUAUUAUAGCAUGAUGGCCUCCAACACCAACCUCUUCACUGACAAGGAGACAACUAAUUGGUUCAAGGCGGCCCUUGCACUCAAUGUGGCGAAGCAAGGACUUACUAACUUUCUUGACAAACAAUUACAGAAUGUACACGCCGUUGUAGGUAGGGGUUGUGGAAACUGUCCGAUUGAAAAACUCAUAUCAUGUCCCACAAAGCCAUAUUGUAAAAAGGCGAAACGGAAUUAUUGUUCUUUUCACAAAUCACAGAAACCACAGCCGUGCUCAACAUGUGAUAACGUAAAACAGAAUAUUAUAUCACAGCACAGAUACAGUGGGCCGUCCUGGAGAAACACUCGUGCGGAAAACUGGGCACACGACUAUUGGGAAAUAGGAAAAUGCUUCCUCCCUCCAGACGGAUAUAGCAGCGUUUGCUCGGUCCAUGAAUCAGACUUUAAUGGUGUGAUAAGCAUCUUUUUGAAUUGCCUACAUUUCCAGACAUGUCUAUCCUCCUCGUGCCUAUCACCUCCACCGCCUGAUAAACAAUGUCCACUAGAAAAGGUCCGUCAGAUCGGCCGAGAUGUACGUCACACAUCCAACUGCAAGGUUACCGAUGCUGACCUGCAGGACUAUUUCCAGACACUGUCCACGCUACUGGCUGACCCAAACUGCUUACAACAUGAUCCAUCAGCAACGCUUGCAUGUACGAGACUAAGAGAUAUGCAGAAUGAUCGCAUGUCCAUCAAAGAAUUGGGAGAGCUGUUAAAGGAGGCCCAUCAAACGCUCAAACAUGCGAUAGAGGCGGGUGAACGUUUUUCCGGGGAAGCAAAAAGGACCUGUGCAGAGGCUAAUGCAUAUUUUAUGUGUUUGAAGCAAAGCCUAAAAAAGAAGACUCAGGAUGGAGAACAACGCCUUACAAACCAGACACAUGCUGGUCAACGACGCAUUAAAAGCAAGACAAAAGCUGGGCUAAAACACAUUGAACGCAAGAGACAAGUUGCGGAACAAUGCCUUGAAAGCAAGAUUAAGGAUGGGACACAACGAAUUGAAUACACUAUGCAGGAUAGCAUUACACGCAUGCAACAGGCAGCGAACAAAAGUACACAAUUAGAAUACGAACGAGAAAAAGCAGAUUUUCGCAGCAACCUUAUGCAGUUCUAUACGACGAAGAUGAAUACUGUAUCUGUUUUUCCAUUAAGGGAGGGUUGUGACAAACCCGUGUGGGAUAUCUUUGUGACACCUAAAUUGAUUCCUAUUAUUAUCGAAAAAGAUGGUUCUCGAACGAAAACAAACCACACGAUAGAACAAUACAAGGACAUAUUUUACAAUUAUAAAAAACUAAAUCGUGUAUUUAUUCAAGGAGAUGCCGGAAUGGGGAAAUCUACAUUCCUAAUUAAACUUGCGCUUGACUGGUGCGAGGCAGUGUCAUUGCACUAUCCAAAUUGCGUAUCCACAUUCAGAGAUGUUGAUACGUUAAGGGACUUCUCGUUUCUGUUUCACAUUUCACUAAGAGAUGCCAUCGGUCAGCUUGAGGUGAUAAAGAUGAUUAAAACACAAUUAAUAGACUUGAUUUACACGGGUGAUGAACGUAUAAAGGCAUUUAAGCUUUUACAACAAAUCCUGAAACAAGAAACUUGCAUCGUUACUAUGGAUGGACUGAACGAAUGGGCAGAUGAUUUUAACAAAUACACUGUACCUUUAAUUGCAAAUAAUCAUACAAAGUGCGUAUCCUUAGUAACAACGCGACCAUGGAAAAUGAUUGGUGAGCGGAUCAAGGAUUCUGAAAUUGACAGACUUAUAGAAAUUGAAGGGAUAACUGAUUCAGAAGCGCUCACGAAGAACAUACUCAGUCUUCACACGGGUACUGACAGGACACACACUGAAUUCAAGAUGUACGUUAAGGGACAUCAAUUGAUGCGUUUUCUUACGUCGCCCUGGUUGCAGAUGUUGUUAAUUAAUGUGUGGAUAAACAAUAACGCUUUUAAAGGUUCUUUGUGCGAAAUUAACUGCAUUCUACUUGACCUUCUUUUUAAGAAGGCAAAUGCAAAAAAGGGUUAUUUUAAAAUUGGGCAUUCGAUGCAGUGUUUAUCAAAUACGAGCUUCAUUAAGGAAAGUGUCGAUAUAUUUGAUGCGCUUGCGAAUGCUGCGUUUCAAUUUACGUUUUCAUCAAAAAAAUCUUUAGCGUUCAGCGAACGGGAAUUAAUGAAUUAUUUAACUGAAGAACAGUUGCAAUUUUGCCUCCAUGCUGGUGUUUUAACACAAAGACACAGUGUCGGUAUAGCAGCACAGGAAUCACAGUUUUCUUUUAUACACGAGACAGUUCAGGAAUUCCUGGCUGCAUAUCAUAUCGCAAAUUCAAAGCAAGAACUUGAUGAGUUUUUCCAAACCGAAACGAAAUAUAAUGUUUUAGAAAUGAGUCAGACAGUUAUUUGUCUGUGUGGGCUAGACUGUAAGAAAGCUAAUGAACUGUUAAACCGUCUGACUGACGUCGAGUUCCUCGAAAACAUAAACGAAGGACUAAGCAUGUACGUACAGCGACACUCUGACAUUGAACACAUAUUGGCAUAUCAGACUGACGAUUAUACAAAUAUCAAGAAUGUUAAAUCAAAACACACUCAGAUGGCUAAAGAUGCACCUUUUAAUAUUGCACUUUCAGUCUUGUUCCAGCGCAUAAUUAUUUCAUGCUGCAUUGAGGCUAAAACCAGCGGUCAGAAGGAAAUCGGCUUGAAUUGUAGGGACUUUGUAUUUAGUAAAUAUUUGAGUAAUGCCGAUUCAAAUGCAUUAAAAGGACUGUUAAUGUUCAACAAGUCAAAUGUGCGGUCACUUAUUUUAGAAACUAAUGUUCUACAAACAGGCGAAAUACUGACAGCCCUUCAACAUUCCAAGCGUAGUCUGAAACGCGUUUCGACGAAAGUGACUCCAGAAAUUAAUAAAGAAUUACAUCAGAUGAUCAUACAAGAGCUUCACUGUACUGGGAAAAUUGACGUACCAUCAUUUUCUUGCGUACUGCCGUCCCUGUCUCAAUUAACGUUUUUGAAAAUCGAAGACUCAAGUUUUUCGGAAGACAUCAGGCUUCCUGACACAAUACAAGCCAUUAGUUUGUUUAAAUGUACAUGUACUGACGUGUUUCUACGUAGGUUACUGGUGCACUUAGCGUCAUUAAAACACGAUAUUCAAUGUGCUUUGUUUGAGAUUGUAACUGAUUGCAAAACAAACCUAUAUCAGUCAGAAUUAUUGUUAAGUGACAUGACAAAUAUUUGCCUUGAUUUGAAACUGGGCAAUACUGAUUUAUAUGGAUUACUUCAUGGCACAUCUAUCGGGAAACUUUCACCGAGAACCGCUUGUGAACUCAUAUUAGCAUCAAAGAUUCUUCACACGCUCAACAAGCUCAAAACGCUUUAUUUGUGGGGAAUCUAUACUGUCAGAUGUGAUCUCAGGCUUCCUGCUUCAUUGCAGUGUAUUAGUCUGCAAGAAGUCGAAUGUUCAUCUGAGUGGCUGUGCAGCUUGUUGAUCACGCUAUCUUCAUUAGAUCAUCCUGUAAAGUGUGAGCUGUGGGAUGUUGUAUUGCAGCCAUGUGAAGAAGCAAGUGGAGAUGAUUCUCAAAUACAUGCAUCAGACUUGCACUCUGAAAUAUUGUCACGUGACCUGUCAAAUAUUGAGAUAUUAAUGGAAAAUUGCAGUAUGGAACUGUUGGAAAUAUUACGUGAUUCAAGUAUAGGGAUCCUAGAUCUAAGAACGGCUGAUUGUGUCUCAUUAGCGUCAGAGAUUCUUCACACGCUAUACAAGCUCGCAACGCUCUUUUUGUGGGGGACAUAUACGGGUCGAUGUGAUCUCAGGCUUCCUGCUUCAUUACAGUGUAUAAGUCUGCAAGAAGUCGAAUGUUCAUCUGAGUGGCUGUGCAGCUUGUUGAUCACGCUAUCUUCAUUAGAUCAUCCUGUAGAGUGUGAGCUGUUGGAUGUUUUAUUGCAGCCAAGUGAAGCAACUCGUGGAGAUUAUUCAGAUAUACCUGUAUCAGACUGGCGAUCUGAAAUAUUGUCACGUGACCUGUCCAAUAUCCAGAUAUUAGUGAAAAAAUGCAGUAUGGAACUGUUUGAAAUAUUACGUGAUUCAAGUAUAGGGAUCCUAGAUCUAAGAACAGCUGAUUGUGUCUCAUUAGCGUCAGAGAUUCUUCACACGCUAUACAAGCUCGCACAGCUCUAUUUGCGUGGGACAUAUACGGGUCGAUGUGAUCUCAGGCUUCCUGCUUCAUUGCAGUGUAUUAGUCUGGAGGAAGUCGAAUGUUCAUCUGAGUGGCUGUGCAGCUUGUUGAUCACGCUAUCUUCAUUAGAUCAUCCUGUAGAGUGUGAGCUGUUGGAUGUUUUAUUGCAGCCAAGUGAAGCAACUCGUGGAGAUUAUUCAGAUAUACCUGUAUCAGACUGGCGAUCUGAAAUAUUGUCACGUGACUUGUCCAAUAUCCAGAUAUUAGUGGUAAAAUGCAGUAUGGAACUGUUGGAAAUAUUACGUGAUUCAAGUAUAGGGAUCCUAGAUCUAAGAACGGCUGAUUGUGUCUCAUUAGCGUCAGAGAUUCUUCACACGCUAUACAAGCUCGCAAAGCUCUUAUUGUGGGGGACAUAUACGGGUCGAUGUGAUCUCAGGCUUCCUGCUUCAUUACAGUGUAUUAGUCUGGAGGAAGUCGAAUGUUCAUCUGAGUGGCUGUGCAGCUUGUUGAUCACGCUAUCUUCAUUAGAUCAUCCUGUAGAGUGUGAGCUGUGGGAUGUUUUAUUGCAGCCAAGUGAAGCAACUCGUGGAGAUUAUUCAGAUAUAGCUGUAUCAGACUGGCGAUCUGAAAUAUUGUCACGUGACCUGUCCAAUAUCCAGAUAUUAGUGAAAAAAUGCAGUAUGGAACUGUUGGAAAUAUUACGUGAUUCAAGUAUAGGGAUCCUAGGUCUGAGAACGGCUGACUGUGUCUCAUUAGCGUCAGAGAUUCUUCACACGCUAUACAAGCUCGCAACGCUCUUUUUGUCGGGGACAUAUACGGGUCGAUGUGAUCUUAGGCUUCCUGCUUCAUUGCAGUGUAUUGGCCUGCUAGAAGUCGAAUGUUCAUCCGAGUGGCUGUGCAGCUUGUUGAUCACGCUAUCUUCAUUAGAUCAUCCUGUAAAGUGUGAGCUGUGGGAUGUUGUAUUGCAGCCAUGUGAAGAAGCAAGUGGAGAUGAUUCUCAAAUACAUGCAUCAGACUUGCACUCUGAAAUAUUGUCACGUGACCUGUCAAAUAUUGAGAUAUUAAUGGAAAAUUGCAGUAUGGAACUGUUGGAAAUAUUACGUGAUUCAAGUAUAGGGAUCCUAGAUCUAAGAACGGCUGAUUGUGUCUCAUUAGCGUCAGAGAUUCUUCACACGCUAUACAAGCUCGCAACGCUCUUUUUGUCGGGGACAUAUACGGGUCGAUGUGAUCUUAGGCUUCCUGCUUCAUUGCAGUGUAUUGGCCUGCUAGAAGUCGAAUGUUCAUCUGAGUGGCUGUGCAGCUUGUUGAUCACGCUAUCUUCAUUAGAUCAUCCUGUAAAGUGUGAGCUGUGUGAUGUUGUAUUGCAGCCAUGUGAAGAAGCAAGUGGAGAUGAUUCUCAAAUACAUGCAUCAGACUUGCACUCUGAAAUAUUGUCACGUGACCUGUCAAAUAUUGAGAUAUUAAUGGAAAAUUGCAGUAUGGAACUGUUGGAAAUAUUACGUGAUUCAAGUAUAGGGAUCCUAGAUCUAAGAACGGCUGAUUGUGUCUCAUUAGCGUCAGAGAUUCUUCACACGCUAUACAAGCUCGCAACGCUCUUUAUGUCGGGGACAUAUACGGGUCGAUGUGAUCUUAGGCUUCCUGCUUCAUUGCAGUGUAUUGGUCUGGAGGAAGUCGAAUGUUCAUCUGAGUGGCUGUGCAGCGUGUUGAUCACGCUAUCUUCAUUAGAUCAUCCUGUAAAGUGUGAGCUGUGGGAUGUUGUAUUGCAGCCAUGUGAAGAAGCAAGUGGAGAUGAUUCUCAAAUACAUGCAUCAGACUUGCACUCUGAAAUAUUGUCACGUGACCUGUCAAAUAUUGAGAUAUUAAUGGAAAAUUGCAGUAUGGAACUGUUGGAAAUAUUACGUGAUUCAAGUAUAGGGAUCCUAGAUCUAAGAACGGCUGAUUGUGUCUCAUUAGCGUCAGAGAUUCUUCACACGCUAUACAAGCUCGCAACGCUCUUUUUGUCGGGGACAUAUACGGGUCGAUGUGAUCUUAGGCUUCCUGCUUCAUUGCAGUGUAUUGGCCUGCUAGAAGUCGAAUGUUCAUCUGAGUGGCUGUGCAGCUUGUUGAUCACGCUAUCUUCAUUAGAUCAUCCUGUAAAGUGUGAGCUGUGGGAUGUUGUAUUGCAGCCAUGUGAAGAAGCAAGUGGAGAUGAUUCUCAAAUACAUGCAUCAGACUUGCACUCUGAAAUAUUGUCACGUGACCUGUCAAAUAUUGAGAUAUUAAUGGAAAAUUGCAGUAUGGAACUGUUGGAAAUAUUACGUGAUUCAAGUAUAGGGAUCCUAGAUCUAAGAACGGCUGAUUGUGUCUCAUUAGCGUCAGAGAUUCUUCACACGCUAUACAAGCUCGCAACGCUCUUUUUGUCGGGGACAUAUACGGGUCGAUGUGAUCUUAGGCUUCCUGCUUCAUUGCAGUGUAUAAGUCUGGAGGAAGUCGAAUGUUCAUCUGAGUGGCUGUGCAGCUUGUUGAUCACGCUAUCUUCAUUAGAUCAUCCUGUAAAGUGUGAGCUGGCGGAUGUUGUAUUGCAGCCAUGUGAAGAAGCUCGUGGAGAUGAUUACCAUAUACAUGUAUCAGACUGGCGAUCUGAAAUAUUGUCACGUGACCUGUCCAAUAUCCAGAUAUUAGUGAACAAUUGCAGUAUGGGACUGUUGGAAAUAUUGAGCGGAUCAAGUGUUGGAAUUGUGAAAGGAACUUAGUUUCAAAUGGAUUUAUAAGACAGAGUUUAAAUACAUAUUACCAGCUUCUCUUCAAUUUGUUAUUUUGUAUACGAAGGAUCGUGUUCAUCAGACUGGCUACACAGUUUGUUAAUACACCAUUCACAGUUUUGUCAUUUCGUGCGCUUGUUCUUAAAUAAAUAUGCAGUGUUACAGAAUUAAUCGCACAGUGAUAUAGAUUCAGAACCGCCCGUACUGCGAUGUGCAGAUCUGUCGAGUGAUAAAUUAGAGGUUAUGAAGGGCUGCUCUGGAUUGUAUGAAUCCUUACCCACAAUGCACAUCAUCAGUCUGAACAUGACUCAGAUAGAUCACGUUGACAUGCUGUCACAGACACUGCCUACUUGGAGCAGCUGAGGAUUUGUUUGCAUAACUAUCAUAUGAAUAUGAGGAUGCCGGGAUCUAUUUAGUAUGCGUUUAUGAUUUUUAAAACAUUGUCUCCAUCCUCGCUACAACAUUUCGUGCAGAUCAUGCUUACUACCAAACAUGAUUACAUUUUAAACUGUUUUCCGUGUUGAAGGGAAUGAAUACGAAUAUACGAAAAUCAAAGAAGAAUAUUGUAACCAAGAGUUAUUGGAUGUGCAACUGUUUGAAGCUGUAGACAAACGACAUGCUGUUGGUGGUGGUUGGGCUUCUCGCACACUUUCUGCUACCGCUGAUGAUGCUGAUGACGAGUAUGAUAAAUAUUUACUACGAAGAGAAGGAUAAUACGUUGAUUGGAAACCGUGGAUUCACUUUUUUUCAAAUUCGUUUUUAAGUUGCAAUUCAGCGGGUUAAACCAUGGUCAUCGUCGCCGCGAAACCAAUUCAGCGGGGUAAACCAUGGUCACCGUCGCCGCGAAACCAAUUCAGCGGAGUAAACCAUAGUCCUCAUCUGCGAAUUACCAAUUCAGCAGCGCAAACUAUGGUCUUCAUCGCCGAUUAACCAAGUCAGCAGCAUAAAGCAGCGAACGCUACUUGAAGGGAGUUGUACCCCCGUGGUCUCGUGGGAGCAAUUCAUAAGAAGUUUCCAGUGACCGCGAUUGUGGAUGAAGUUCUGCAACAAGAAAAACGUCCACCGCAUACUUAACUGCACUGUCCAUUGCCCAAGCAUCUAUGGUUACACGGUAUUCCUCAUCGAUGAAGAAGAAAAGCAGCUCUACUAUCCACGAUUUGCAACGUUUCAAUAACUGGUUAUUCAUGCCUACAUGGUUUACUCUUUUUGAUAAAUGGAUUCAGUUACAAUACUUUCGCAGGAUGUUGCGUAAAUUGCACAUAGUGUGUGUGCCAUUUGUGUAUGAUUGUGCCGCCAUUGAUGACGGGAGGUGCUACGUUUUAUAGCGUUGUUUUUUAAUCUUGAUUGAUAUAGUUACGAUUCAUGACAUUUGACCAAUAGAAUGUAAAGAUUUACUAAGACGUUGCUAUUGAAGCAUAGUUGUACAGGCAAUAUGUUGACAUUGUUUUGCGAUUUUACAUAGUUUCUUACGAAAGUAUGUAUACCGGAUUCCCAAAAUAAUUUGUAAAUAUGAAGGUGUGUACAAUAAUAGUUUUAACGUUAUUGUUCAUUGAAAAUAACCAUGCACUUAAAAUGUAGAUGGUCUAUAAAUGUACAUAGCAUGUAAAUGACUUAUUUAAAUUGUUUUUCCCCAUGCAUUUAAUGGAUAUGUAGUUUAUGCAACUCAAUGAAAGGAAAAUAUUUUUAGAUUACAAAUUGAUUAGUUACCUAUAGACAAUAUUUAUAAGUAUGCAAUCACAAAGUGGUAUAGAUGCAUUUAAAAAGCUCUUUUGUACAUGUAUGUUUGCCUUUUGAAAGCCUCUAUAUAGCUCCAAAUCAACGAAAAUUUCGUACAGUAUUUCGUAAAAUAAGUUAACUUCUAAACAAUCAGUAUUCCUUAUAGCAAAAGCCACAAAUUCAACGCUAGAUGUGGUAUGAUUACAUAUAUUUUUGUAGGUACAAAAUGCUCGUUUUUAUUUAUUUGUGACACAAUGAAUUCCAUUUUAAUUUCCCGCAAAUAUAUCUAUUCAUACGACACACGAACACUAAAAUGGUACCAUCUUAAUGUUCAUGUGUCGUAUGAAUAGAUAUCGUUGCGGGAAAUUAAAAUGGAAUUAACUAUGCAAAACAAUAAUAAAAACGAGCAUUUUGUAUCUACAAACAUCCAUUUUACCAGACCAUAUAUGCCGUUGAAAUUUCGGCAAUUGCCAUAAGGAACACUGGCUUUUAAUUGUUAAACUUUAAUUUACGAAAUACUGUACGAAAUGUUUGAGUAAUAUGGGUAGGGCUGCAACGGGUACCCGAAAUAUCCGAUGAUAUCGGAUCCAACUUCAGAUUCGCGGGUACGGAUCCACCCCUGGAAAUUUCGGCUCCGGGUAUUUAUUUUCAUAGUUGUAUGUAACCUAGCGUUGUUUUCACAAGUUCGUAUCCUUGCCAAAAUACCUUGGUUAGCUCUUUUCCACUCACAUACGCACUUUGAUGCGUUUGUGGUCCCUUAGAAAAUCAAAUUAAAUUUAAGACCUUAAAAUUAAGAGAAAGAAAUUUAAAAAAAGGCUUCAUUUCAAACCUUAAGAUAAUGUUUAGCAUCAAACAGCAUAAAACCUUAACAGACUGCAAGUAACUUAGAAUAAAAAAUAAAAUGUGUUUGGCUCCAAUUAUAUUCAGAUAUGCAUGCUUUUCAAUUAAUGCAUUAUUUAGCUUUGUUAAUUCAUCUAAGGGGAAAAUCCUUUGAGAAUUGAUGCUUAUGGUUGUUAAAUAUGUGAAUAUUGUUACAGCUUAAUAAGUUUAUUCUUAUUGAUGUAUUAAUGAAUUUGUAAUAUCGGAUGAUCAAACAUUUGAAUACUUUUAUAACCAAGUGCUAGUAUUUGAAUAUGAACUUUGCCAUUUGUUGUCAUCCCUAAUUUGAAAUAGUUUUUUUAAUAUAAGCUACUUUAUAGUAGAAAGGAAAACGACGAGAUGAGCUUUGUUAUGAUGUGGAAGAGGUACAUGUAUCUAUUUGUGUUUUUCUUUUGUGUGCAAUAUUAUAAAACUUGUAUUUCUGUUGCAUUUCAUUUAUUUAUAUUACAGUUAUACCAGCUGCAUUCGAUGUUUUAUUUCUCAGUGAGCACUGUAAACAUUAUUUUGUGUUGAUGAAUUGUCAUAUUGUAUUGUGAAAUUUUAAACUUUACAAAUAAAUCUUGGUAUCUGCAUCAUACAUAAUUGUGUGCUUGUGUGUAGAGAUAUUACAUCAAUUUGUUUCAGAUUGUUCAUUUGAGGUACAGAUAUGUGAAACCAAUAUGAUGUACAGAUAAGAAGAAACCUCAUGUUUUUCCAUUUUUUUUAUUUUAAACAUGCGAACAAUUACACCUUCAAUAUAACAAUAUCAACAACAGUUAUAUAUAUGCUGUUAAGAUAAGAAACAUUAAGGAACAAUAAUGCAAUAUAUCCACAACAAAGCAACAGUUACAAUAUGAAACUACUGACAGUAAUGCAUUAUAUUGAACUGAAAUGAGCUUCAUUUAUAACUUUAUCAUCAAAUUAGAACUUAUUAAAAUAUUUAUACAACAUGUUUUGUUAAGCACUACCAAUCAGUCUUUGACCGAAGCCUGUUGCUUCUUAAAAUGUUUAAGAAAUUUUGGAAAUAAAGUUAUGCUUCCCCUU